AUUUUCUUCUUUAAACUAGAGGGGCAAAGUGAGAUGGCGCCUGGCAGUUUAAAGAGCAUUUUGACUGCGGCGGUUAAUACUGGGGUGACUGAGGCUAGGGCAAGGAUAUUCGGGCAUGUGCUUAACCCGACAGGCCUGAAGUCCGCGCAUAAGAUUUUGCGCAAGAAGCUGAUUGGGGAGAAAGUUGCCCAGUGGUACCCACACGACAUCAGGAAAGAUGACCCCCUUAUCAUGGAAGCUGAGGAAAAAGAGCGCACAAACAAGCUUGAAAUGUUGAAGCGUCGAGGAAAAGGACCACCCAAGAAGGGUCAAGGAAAACGUUCCAAGCGCAAGAGCUAGUAUUUUGACAUGUUGAAGUUAGUUCUUGGGUAGUGUUUUGAAUAAAGAGACCAGUAGUAUUUGAAACUUUGUUCAGUUUAUUUGAAGAUAAACUCAAUUUUUGCUGUCCCAUUUUUGUAGACAGUGGUCCUAGUUGUUGUAUGUGGGAGGAUAUAUUGUUUCAGAUAAUUUUUUCAAUAUGCAGAUUGCA